CGACUCACUGGUCUUGGCAACCAUGACAUCCAUAAUACAAAACUGUCCCAUUCCCGAACCAGGCAUCUCUAAUACGAAAUCCGCUCCCCACGCCAUUCCACCAUGCCUCUUGCAAGUCACGUCAACCCUGAGGAUAUCGUCCAACGAUUGCAGGCAACCCACAUCACGCCCGCCGGACACGCCAACAUUCUUAGCCAUGCCACCUCUGCACACAUCCAGCCCUAUGAUAGUCGCUACACCAGCCAAACAAACAUCCCCAAGUACAAAAUCCCCGAUGAAGGUGCCCCGGGAGAUACCGUUUUCCAAAUGAUCAGGGAUGAACUGGAUCUCGAUGGAAAGCCCAACCUCAACCUGGCGAGCUUCGUCGGUACUUGGAUGGAACCUAAUGCCACCCAGCUCAUGCAAGAGAACCUGUCCAAAAACCUGUCUGAUGCAGACGAGUACCCCGCCAUGAUGGACAUGCACCAGCGCUGCAUUAGCAUCAUCUCGCACCUCUGGGGCGUCCAGCCUGGCGAGAAGGCUAUUGGUUCUGCGACCACCGGCUCGUCAGAGGCCAUCCACCUCGGCGGCCUCGCCAUGAAGCGGAGAUGGCAGAUCAAGCGCAAGGAGCAGGGCAAGGACGCCUCAAAACCCAACAUCCUCAUGGGCUCCAACGCCCAAGUUGCUCUCGAGAAAUUCGCGCGCUACUUUGACGUCGAGGCCCGCAUCCUGCCGGUCAGCAAGAAGAGCCACUACCGCCUGGAUCCGGCCCUUGUGAGGGAGAACGUGGACGAAAACACCAUCGGCGUCUUCGUCAUCCUUGGCAGCACGUACACGGGCCACUAUGAGCCGGUCGAGGAGAUUUCCCAGAUCCUUGACAAGUACCAGGACGAGACCGGCAUCGAUAUCCCUAUCCACGUCGACGCUGCGUCUGGUGGUUUCAUUGCCCCUUUCACCCACGCAGGUGUCGGCGGGUCCAAAUGGAACUUCGAACUCCCUCGUGUCAAGUCAAUCAACGUCUCCGGGCACAAGUAUGGCCUCGUCUACGCCGGCCUGGGCUGGAUCAUCUGGCGCGACCAGUCCUUCCUGCCAGAGGACCUCAUUUUCGAGCUGCACUACCUCGGCGGCACCGAAAAGUCCUUUACCCUGAAUUUCUCUCGCCCUGGCGCUCAGGUCAUCGUCCAGUACUACAACCUCAUCCACCUGGGCUUCGACGGUUACCGCUCCAUCAUGGAAAACUGUCUCUCCAACGCUCGCCUUCUUGCCCAGAGCCUAGAGGCCACAGGAUGGUACACCGUCGUGUCCGACAUCCACCGUCGUGCCCCCCACAAGGCAGCCAGCGGCACCGCGAAGUCGAUUGUCGGCCAGGCCGCCAGCACUGUCGGAGGCGAAGAUGCGGUGCCAGGGGAGACGUCUGCCGAUUAUGUAGCCGGCCUUCCUGUCGUCUCUUUCCGCCUGACGGACGAGUUCAAGAAGAAGUACGAGCACAUUAAGCAGGAGACCAUCUCCCUCAUGCUCCGCGCCCGCGGCUGGAUCAUCCCCAACUACCCGCUCCCGCCCAACGAGGAGAAGAUUGAGAUCCUUCGGGUCGUCAUCCGCGAGACCAUGACCUUUGACCUGCUCGAGCGUCUGCUCACGGACAUCGCCGAGGUCACCGAGGCGCUCAUCGAAAACGAUGAAAUUGAUCUGCAGGUGUUGAAGAAGCACCACAGCCGCAAACGGGUACACGUCAAGGACGAUGAGACGAAGAACAAGAAGAAGGACGGCGCGAAGGGCGCGGUUACGGAGUCCGGAAACGAGGUCAAGUCGAUGAAGGACGGUAUUCAUCGUGCCGUGUGUUGAGACCUGGUGCCCAUGAUUUCGGAUGAGUACGGACUUGUAUUGUAUUAUUCAUGUCAGAAAUAGCGAAAAAUGUCAAGAUUCUCUCACUUGAAACCAAUCUAGGGCCAAUCAGCAUAUGAUUGCACGAGGUCAUAUUGCUACGUGAGCUGGCCGAGUGCAAUCUGCAUGCAGCAAUUCUACUGCCGUCCCGGAGAUCAUGAUUCUCAAGCCACUUAUGUCUACCAACAUGUGGCAUAUAGCCUCCUAAAGUCAUUGCAUGAAUGUUUUCAUGUGCAAUGUCGACGGCCUUGCCGUGGCGUUUGAGCGGCUACCCGGGAGGAUGAAAACCCUUCACGGCCUGCUUCGCCUGCAGUCCGUCGGGCGAGCUGUUGCUUCCAACCCGAACCGCAUGUUGCCAGACGAUCUCU